AUGAAUUGGUGGUUGUCAAGAUCUAUCAACAAUGCACUGCAGCAAAACUUUGAAUCUUGCGGAACACAUCAACAAAGCUACCAAAACGUAGGCCUCGUUAUUGGAGUCACCGGUGUGGUUGGCAACAGCUUGGCUGAAACACUCUCAUCUACUGACACUCCGGGUGGUCCAUGGAAGGUCUACGGUGUGUCACGACGCGGGAUGCCAGUGUGCAGUGUUGCUAAAGUCACAUAUAUUCAGUGUGACGUUUCUGUAGCAACUGCUGUACAAUCCAAAUUAUCGACCCUAAAAGAUGUGACACACAUCUUUUGGGUGACUUCGGCUUUUGACCUUUCCACAGCCAAAUGUUGCGAAAUCAAUGGAGCAAUGUUUCGCAAUGUCCUCAGUACUGUCAUCUCAAAUGCACCUAAUUUGCGCCACAUCUGUCUCCAGACGGGUGGGAUGCAUUAUAUGGGGAUAAGUAAAUCAAUUGAUGGGAAACUUCAUGUUAUUUGCCAUGAUCCACCUUUCACUGAGGACAUGGAAAGAUUGGAAAACGUUCACAACUUUUAUUACACGUUAGAAGAUGUAUUAUUCGAUGAAGUCGCUAGAAAACCAAGCUUAACAUGGUCUGUACACAGGCCUGAUUUAAUUUUCGGAUUUUCACCCCAUAGCAUUUUGAACAUUGUUGGAACACUUUGCGUGUAUGCAACAAUAUGCAAACAUGAAAGCAUUCCGCUGAAAUUUCCAGGGACAAAGGCCGUUUGGGACAGUUACUCUAACGCAUCAGACGCUAAUUUGGUGGCAGAGCAUCAAAUUUGGGCAGCAAUGAGUCCGCAGGGGAAAAACAGGGCAUUUAACAUUACAAACGGCGAUGUGUUCAAAUGGAAGCAUUUGUGGAAGGUGUUAGCGGAAGAAAUAGGAGUAGAAUAUGCGGAAUUCGACGCGACAGAAAAGAUUAUUUCCUUGUCUGAGAUGAUGAAGGAUAAGGGUCCUGUGUGGGAUAAGAUUGUAAGAGACAAUAACUUGAUUUCCACAAAGUUAGAAGAGAUUGGCUUGUGGGAAUUUGCAGAUAUGUUACUGGCUGGAGGGACUAGUAGAUUAAGCAGCAUAAAUCGUAGCAAAGAGAAUGGUUUCAUUGGCUUCAGGAAUUCCACAAAUUCCUUCAUUUUCUGGAUACACAAGGCAAAAGAUAAUAGAUUAAUUCCAUGAACUUUGUGUAUUCACUACUUCAUUUAAUAAAAGAA